CUCUACUCCCUUGCUUCCAGUUCUCCCAACGAAACCGAAAAGCUUUUGGUUACAAUGGUCGCCGAAAUAAUUACCACCAUCUCUCCUACGACCAACAAACCAAUUCUGACUCGCCAUGGCCUCCCACCCGAAGAGAUCUUGCGCCUCGGCACGACCGCCCAGAAAGCAUACAAAUCCUACAACCAAUCCCACCCGACCCUCGAAAGCAGACAAAAAGUCGUAACAAAAGCCCUUGGAAUCCUCUCUGAAAGACAAGAUGCCCUCGCCGCCGAACUCACCGAACAAAUGGGCCGGCCCAUAUCCUACACCGUCAAAGAAAUAACCACCGCACUCAAGCGUGCUGAAUACAUGAACCGCAUCGCUCCCGAGGUCCUGGGGCGCGAUACACCCGGCGACCCUGAAAAGGGAUUUAAUCGAUACAUCCACAAAGAGCCCGUCGGCGUCGUAUUGGUCAUCUUCGCAUGGAACUACCCCUACCUGAUUCUAGUGAACAGUCUGAUACCCGCUCUCCUCGCGGGCAACGCAGUCAUCCUCAAACCCAGCCCUCAAACGCCCACGAUCGUCGAGCAUAUCCUUGAUAUCUUCACGACAGCAGGCCUUCCGGGACAUGUCAUCCAGUACCUACACUGCGGGAGUCCGACGGAUUUGCGACCGCUGAUCCUCAGCCCGGAUGUGAACCACAUCUGUUUCACGGGCAGCGUGGCCGCGGGUAUUGCCAUACAACAGAUCGCCGCGAGUCGGGUGUCGUGCUCUGUCGGGCUGGAACUUGGUGGGAAGGACCCCGCGUAUGUUCGUCCGGACGUCGACCCGGCGUGGGUGGCGGAAGAGAUUGUCGACGGCGCCAUUUUCAACUCGGGACAGUCGUGCUGCGCGAUCGAGCGCGUGUACGUGCACGAGAACAUUUACGAGGACUUUGUCGCCGAGGUGAAAAAGGUCUUGUCAAAUUACAGGCUAGGCGACCCGAUGGACAAGUCGACACACGUGGGACCAGUGGUCAGCGUGCGCGCAAAGGAGGCGAUUCUCAAACAAGUGUCUGACGCGUUGGCUGCGGGUGCCAAGGACGAGACACCACAGAACAAGACGUUUGCUAGUCCGCCGACAGAGGGCAACUUCGUGGCGCCAGUGCUACUGACGGGCGUGAGUCACGCAAUGUCCGUGAUGAAGGAUGAGACGUUUGGGCCGGUCAUCCCGGUGCAGAAAGUCAGUGGAGACGAGGAGGCCGUUAGGCUGAUGAAUGAUAGCCAAUUCGGGUUGACGGCGAGCAUCUGGACAAAGGACGUGAAACGGGGAGAGGAAUUGACGAGGCAAGUCGAGGCAGGGACGGUGUUUGUGAAUCGUGCGGAUUUCCCGAGCCCAGAUCUCGCGUGGACGGGGUGGAAGGAUAGCGGGAAGGGCGUGACGUUGAGCCGGUUUGGCUUCGAUCAGUUUGUCAAGUUGAAGAGUGUCCAUUUGAAGGACUAUCCGAAAUGAGACAGACAGUACCUCAGGUACCUCGGUAAGGUAGGCAUGAUGCAUUGGAGAUUUUAAGAGGCGUGUGAUGGGGAUGGGAUGGAAUGACGGUGUACGGUACGGAGUACUUUACACUCCAGUACCUUUACCUGAAGUAGUGCGGGCGGAUCUAUUGUCUGCUCAUUGUACCUAGGUAGGUAACUUACACAGCGAGAUGGGGUUGGAAACCGACAAUGCGGCUGUACGGGAUCGAAGUCGAUUCCGGAACAGGACUUGAACCAGCGAGAGAAAAUUUGGGCAUGAGUCGAACCGACGAACAGUAUCGGUACCGAAUCCAGCCUGGCAUAGAUUAGGGUACCUCAGGUAGGUACCCAGGUAGACAAAAAGCCACUCUGAAGAUGCGUGGCUCCAAAAAAUGGAAUGAAAUUGAGUAUGA